AUGGAACUGGACUAUCGUAUUCGUGCGUAUCGUGUAGUGGCCUAUUCGGCGGUCACAUUUUCAGUAAUCGCAGUGCUUUCUGUCUGUAUUUCGUUGCCCAUGAUUUAUAAUUAUCUACACAACGUUAGAAGAGCAAUGAAUAGUGAUCUCAACGACUCAUUCCUAUCGCCUUCACUCUUCAUUCUUCAGGGAACCGCAAGAACUCUUUGGAACAAAGUAACUGAUAUUAAAAUAGUAAGCACACAGAAUCGUACUGCACGUCAAACGAGCUACGAGGAUAUUGGUAAAAUCACAAGCACCAUCAUUGACUGUGAACUAUGUUGCUUACCAGGACCUCCUGGCCAACCAGGUCCCAUGGGUCGACCAGGACGACCGGGAAAGCCAGGAGCUCCUGGUGCUCCUGGAAAUCCCGGGCGCCCACCACAGCAACCUUGUGAGCCAGUAACACCUCCACCAUGUAAACCAUGCCCACGUGGACCUCCUGGACCGCCCGGCCUUCCAGGCCCGCCAGGAGAUUCUGGGCACAUGGGUCCAAUUGGACCAGCCGGUCCAAUUGGAGCUCCCGGAGAAAUGGGAGCGCGUGGACCACCUGGACUACCAGGAAAGCCAGGAAAGUCUGGUGUUCCAGGAAAACCAGGCCAAAACGCUAUUAUAGAGACGAUUCGUCCUGGACCACCCGGUCUUCCUGGACCACAAGGACCAAUUGGACUUCCCGGUUCGAUAGGUAGUCCCGGAGGUUCUGGAAUACUUGGUCCGCAAGGACCGAAAGGACCACGGGGUGGAGAUGGUGAGCGCGGUGCAGCCGGACUUCCUGGAGCACCAGGACGUCCUGGAAUUGAUGGCGCUCCUGGUGAAAGAGGAAUUUGUCCGAAGUAUUGCGCCAUUGAUGGUGGAACAUUCUACGAAGACGGAACACGACGCUAA